AUGGUCGUCACGUGUUGUAAUGCGCUAAAAGGUCGCGAGCUGUCGAUGGCCGUCAUGUUUGCCAUCGUGUUCAUCAGCAGCAUGAAGUCCGAGAAGAACUACUUCCAGCAUCUGAAGGUGACGCCGCACAGCUCGUUGGACGCUAUUAAAAAGUCAUUCAAGGCGGAAGCCAUGCUCCUACACCCAGAUCGCAACACGUCGCCAACUGCCUCCACCGACUACGUCGAGCUGUCGCAGAUGUACAAAACACUAGUGAACGACAAAAAGCGCGAAGCCUACAUGCGCUACGGCGACAUGCUACGCGGCCGCAAGGAAAAGGUGGUUGAAAUGAGCCCGUUCGACGUCCUCUACGUGGUGACGGUGAACACGGCAAGCACGCUUUUCGGCAUGUGCAUUACGAUCCUGAUACACGGCCAGAGCGUCAUGAAUUUCACGGCGCUGUUGUACGAGAUUUUCUGCUUCGCACUCGACGUGUACCUGCGUUUCGCCCCCGACGCCACCAGUUUCUUGGCCGGCGUGCCCAUCUUGAAUUCGUACACCGUAUUCGAGCUUGUAGCUUUCUUGCGGUCGUUCCGCCUUGUCUUCAUGUACUACUACAGCAUCAUGGGUGAAGAUGAUAGUGACAAGACAUGGAAAGCAGGCAUAUUGCUGGUGCGCAACAACCUGGUCACGAUCGAAUUGUUGGACGAGUACAUCAUAGCGGUUCAACGUUACGUGACUUCGCGCAAACCAGUGGUUGACAGCGAGAUCGCGUGGAGGGGCGCACCCUCCGUUGGGCCCAAGUUCGAGAACCGCUGGAACUACUCGGAACGCAUUCGCGGGCUGUGCGAUCGUCAUGACCGCCGCGACCUGAGAUGGCUGCGGUGGAACAAAUCGUCGCUACAGAGCAUGUUGCGUCGCACGGAAGCAGCGCUGGAGAAGAGCGGGGGACUGUCGAUGUUCGUGUACCUGCUGUUGGGAUUCGUGUGGUUCAUGACGUGA